AUGAGUGAUCGAGACGCGGGCCUUCCAAUCACCGCUGCUCUAAUCUGUGGAAUUUCUCUUUGCAGGAUGUGGCGCUUGACGGCGACGUUGCUGCUGCUGGCUCUGGCCUCGGCCGAACCCCAAGGAUAUAAUUACGAGGAACCCGACAACCAAUACCUUCCUCCCGCAAAAUGCAAGCUUGCUCCUGUCACCUCCGUCGUCUACAACACUCAGCUCCAAACCUCAGUCCGCCUCCAGACCGUCAAUCAAGUCAACACUCAGUACAGAACCACAACCAUUGUCAGGCAACAGGUGGUGCCAACCACACUUUUCCAGACUCGUGUUCAAACACAGGUCCAGUAUCAGACCAGCGUUGUUCAACAAACAACCGUUCGUGCUGUUGACAGGUUUGUCACCCAGACCGUUCCAAGUCCACCUGUUGUACAAACGCGUUUCGUCACUUCAACCCGUGUGGUGCCGCAGGUCAACUAUGUCACACGUACACAGGCCGUGACGUUGUACAAACUCGUGUUCAGACUGUGUCAGACCUCCAUUGUCAGGAGCCAACAGCCAGCUAUCACCCGUUUUGUAACAUCCACACGUGUGCAACAGGUUGUCCAGACAUCUGUCGUCCGUGGACAGGAUGUUGUUAGAACUACUGUUGCUCAGCGUCAACAGGUCAUUCCUUUCACAUCUGUUAACACUCGUUAUGAGAAUGUCGUUGCUACUCGUCAACAGGUGGUGACGAGAACCAAUAUUGCUACCCAGACACGCAUCCUCACACAGGUGGUACCUCAAGAGGUGGUACGUACUCAGGUGGUUCCCACCACCAUCUACACCACUCUCUUCGAGACAAGGGUUCAGCCCUUCACACGGGUGCAGACCGUUGUCAGGACCCAGUACGUCACACCGGUCCCCGUGGUACAAACCCGUCAGGAAGUCCGAACCUCUGUGGUCCAAGUACCCGGCCAAGACCGCGUCGUUAACCGGGAGGUGGUGCAGACCCAACAAAGACAGCAGGUCGUGUACCGCACAGUCAACCAGCCUCGCCAAGUUACUGUCACUCAAACAGUUACUUCCUCUUGUGGUUAUAAUUACGAUGCUCCGUCCGUCCCCUUCAUUUUUUAG